CCUUGUUACAUAUGUUCUGAGAUUCCUAAGCAUAGCAUGCGGAGUUGAGUCUACCUAUUUUCUUCUAAUCAUAAUAUCGCGUUCUACUAGAAAUGGCGUGGUUCAGGCGAGAUUCGCCAAACACAAUCACAGCAUGGGAUUACAAGUUUGUGCUCACAGAUGAGCACUUGACACUUGAGCAGAUGAACCCGAAGAAACAAACAUGGGACUAUCUGGGAGAAAAGGCAUUAAAUCGACUAAACGAGAUAUCGCCACCACCUCCGCGAAUUUCACCAAAGAAAUCAGAGGGGAAUGAGCCUUUUCCGGACGAGGAGAAGCAGCCUGCACCAGACGUCAAACCGAAGAGAGAUCUUUAUGCGUUACUUCGCGACCAUGCUGAAGAGGACGAGGUGUUGCAAAAUCUUUGGCAGCAAGUCAACACCGUGCCGGAAUGGGUAGACUGGGACCAGAUCGCUCGUGGACAGGAUGUUUUCUAUCGAUAUGGAGGACCGGUUCUUACUGGACUGGCAUAUCAAUCUCUUCUCGGUGGACUUGGUGCAGCUCGAGUGACCGAGGUCUUGUCACGGACUGGUGGAUUCGCCGUGGAUGUGGCAAGAAACCGUCUGUUCGAAACCACACAGUACUUGCUCCAAUGCACGAGAUCACUGGAAGGUAUUCAACCCGGUGGAGAAGGAUGGGCCGCCACGAUAAGAGUGCGAUUAUUACACGCAACAGUGCGGAACCGCAUCAUGAAAUUGGCAGAGACGCGGCCGGAAUACUUCGAUACGGCGAAGCUAGGAAUUCCUAUCAACGACAUGGACUGCGUUGGUACCAUCGUCAGCUUUUCGAGUGCCCUCAUCCAUCUUUCUUUACCACGACAAGGAAUCUACCUUCGCCCACAGGAAAUAGAAGACUACACUGCGUUGUGGCGAUACAUAGCCCACGUGAUUGGCUGUCCUACUGAUGGUCUCCUGGAAACCAAAGAACAGAGCAAGCGCAUUCUUGACAUUAUCAUGAUGCACGAGAUUGCACCCACACGGACAUCGCAAAUCCUUGCCAAUAAUGUGAUUAGGAGUCUGCAAGACAGAGAGCCGGGUUACGCAUCAGCAGAUUUCCUGGUGGCAGGAGCACGAUGGUUGAACGGAAACCAAUUGUGUGAUGCUUUGGCACUGCCGAGGCCGAGUAUGUAUUACACGGCCCUCAUGGCUGGCCAGUGCAUAUUCUUUGCCUUUUGGUGCUACUCAAAUCGUAUGAACAAGUCAACAGACAAAAAGAAGCUGGUUGUUCUGCGAGACAUAUUUUGGAAGAUUGUCGUCAAGGGCGGAUUGAAGGGUGAAGAAACAUCGUUCGACUUCAAGUAUGUGCCGGAGUACAGCAUCAUGACAGAAAUGGGUGGUGACGACAAAGUCAAGUUGUCGAGGUCGGAGAUCGAGGUCGCAAGUCUGAAGUGGUUGUUGAUGGGUGUGGCGGUCGUGUCUGUGGUUGGCUUUGUGGUCACCAAGGUCGGCUUCAUGAGUGCGCGUCUUGCGACCUGGGGCAUCAAGAGUGCUUGGAGCGUUUUAUAGAACCAGUAUCAUCUGGUAAUGAUCUGGCACUGACUUUGCAUAGCUCAGAAAUCAGAACCAGUUCUAUCAUGCAUACCUCUGUGUUGUGAUAUAUUUGCUGACGGCAGUUGCUCACGGUGUCGACCACCUUACAGGGC